AUGGAGGUGCAGCUGGGGAUCGGGCGCGUGUACCCGCGGCCGCCGGGACGGACCUUCCGCGGCGCCUUCCAGUCGUUCUUCCAGAGCGUGUGCGAAGCGUUCCAGGCGCCGCGGGACGAGCCGGGCCCCGGCCUGCCCGCACCGGGCGCCCCGUGCCCGCAGAGCCCCCGCCCGCCGCCCGUCGCCUCGCCCGCCUUCCUGCCGCUGCCCGAGCCCCGCGCCGUCUCCCGCCCGCCCGCCCGCCCGGCCAUGGGUUCACCCUUCCCGUGCGCCGGGGACCUGAAGGAGCUGCUGGCCGAGCCGGGCGCGCUGCCGCUGCUGCCGCCCGAGGCCGAGCCGGGGGCCGGACGCGCCGAGCCGGCGCCCAAGGAAGACUUUCUGGGCGACAGCGCCAAGGAGCUCUGCAAAGCCGUGUCCGCCUCCAUGGGGCUGGCGGUGGAGGCGCUGGAGGCGCCCAGAGAGCCGCUGCCCCGCGAGGACUGCAUGUUCGCGCUGCCCGGGGGGCCGCCCCACGCCCCGCGCCCCGACGCCGCCGAACCGCCGGAGCCGCCAGCCCCGGCCGCCUUCAAGGGCAGCGGCGUCGAGGCCUCCCUGGCCGUCGAGGUGCCCGCGGGGCUGCCGCUGUACCGCGCCUCCCCGCCGCCCGAGGAGCCGGCCGGCCGCGACUGCUUCGUCCUCCCGCCGUCCGCCCGCAUCAAGCUGGAGAGCCCACCCGAGCCCGCGGCCGUCGGCGCCUGGGGCGCGCCGGUCCCCGCGCCGCCGUGGCCCUCCUUCUUCGCCGACGAGGGGCAGCUGUACGGGCCCUGCGCCGAGCCGCCCUCCGGAGCCUUCGGCUGCGGCCGCGCGGAGAACGCCGACUUCGCCGCCGACGCGUGGUACCCGGUGGCGCGGGCGCCCUACGCCGCCCCCGGCGCCUGCAUCAAGAGCGAGCUGGGACCCUGGGCCGAGGGCUACGCCGGAGCCUACGGCGACGUCCGGCUGGAGGCCGGCCGGGAGCACAUCCUGCCCAUUGACUAUUACUUUCCGCCUCAGAAGACUUGCCUGAUCUGCGGCGAUGAAGCGUCCGGGUGCCACUAUGGAGCCCUCACCUGCGGCAGCUGCAAAGUGUUCUUCAAGCGGGCGGCUGAAGGUAAGCAGAAGUACCUGUGUGCCAGCCGGAACGACUGCACCAUCGACAAAUUCAGGAGGAAAAACUGCCCGUCCUGCCGCCUGCGGAAGUGCUACGAGGCAGGGAUGACCCUUGGAGCCCGCAAACUGAAGAAGCUGGGCAGCCUGAAGACACAAGAUGAAGCCGAGGCAGCCAGCUCAUCCAGCCCCACAGAGGAGCAAGCUCCUAAGAUGGUGAUGACACAUAUUGAUGGCUUUGAGUGCCAGCCCAUCUUCCUCAAUGUGCUGGAAGCCAUCGAGCCUGCUGUGGUGUGUGCUGGCCAUGACAACAGCCAGCCAGACUCCUUCUCCAACCUGCUGAGCAGCCUGAACGAGCUCGGGGAGAGGCAGCUGAUCUACGUCGUCAAGUGGGCAAAGGCCUUGCCAGGAUUUCGCAAUUUGCACGUGGAUGACCAGAUGUCAAUCAUCCAGUAUUCUUGGAUGGGUCUCAUGAUUUUUGCCAUGGGUUGGAGGUCUUUCACUAAUGUCAACUCCAGGAUGCUUUACUUUGCUCCAGAUUUAGUCUUCAAUGAGUACCGGAUGCACAAGUCCAGAAUGUACAGCCAGUGCGUCCGGAUGCGGCAGCUCUCGCAGGAGUUCGGCUGGCUUCAGAUCACGCCCCAGGAGUUUCUCUGCAUGAAGGCUCUACUCUUCUUCAGUAUCAUUCCUGUGGAUGGCCUGAAGAACCAGAAGCUCUUUGAUGAACUUCGCAUGAACUACAUUAAGGAACUCGACCGGAUCAUCGCUUGCAAGAGGAAGAACCCUACCUCCUGCUCUCGGCGGUUUUACCAGCUCACCAAGGUCCUGGACUCCGUGCAUCCUAUUGCCAAGGAUCUGCAUCAGUUUACGUUUGAUCUUUUAAUUAAGGCCCAUAUGGUGAGUGUGGACUACCCGGAAAUGAUGGCCGAGAUCAUCUCUGUGCAGGUUCCCAAGAUCCUGUCUGGAAAAGUGAAACCCAUCUACUUCCACGCGGAGUGAUCUUCCGGAGGGGCUCCCAGUCACAUCGCCUCUGCCUCAGCCACCUCUGCCUAUCGUUCCUGCACUACUGUACUGCAGUGCCUUGGGGAAUCCCCUCCAAAGAGAAGACGUGCCGCCAGGCAGACAGUAGCAAACUCCUCCCUGCUGGGGUUCCUUCGAUUUCUCUUUCUCCUGUGAUACCUCUGACUGAAGUUCUGCUGGGGUCGGGCUGCUCGGUGCGCUGGGACACGCUGUCCGUGGCACCUGGUGGUGCUCUCUCCGCUGUUUUCCGCAGUGACUUUUAGUGGCCCGGGGCCAUAGGAGAGUGGGAGCUGUGCCACCAGCUGUUGUAUUUCCAUAAACCAAAACAAGGUGAGGCACAGGCUGACCCUCUAAGUUUGGGUGUGGGUACCUUUACUAGCCUCCUCUGGGACUUCUUAUUUGCGUUACGGUGCUGGGAAGCAGAUGCAUUGAAUACUGCAGUAGCACAGCUGAGGGGUGGAAAUGAAUUACAACCCAAUGAAUGAGAGAACCCCUCAGAGCUGGAAGGCACCUGGCAGUCACCAUGCGGGGCUGCUCAGCCCCACACUGCUCGGCCCAGCACGCGGCCACUGGAGGGAGGAUGGGCUCUGCAAGGCUCCGGUGGCGAUGGCCACCGCUUUCCCCCUGGGGCGCUGCUCCUGAGGAGAGCUGGAUGCUGCCCACCCAUGGUGCGCUCUCAGCACUCCCAUCCCCAUCCUGAACUGCUCGGACACGGCCGUGCAGCCUCCACAAGUGCCUGACGCCUCUCGGACCCCCAGCAGCCAAACCCCUGCCUGCGCUCCUGCCCUGCUCUGCUCACGCCGGGUGCCAGCACAGCCAGCUCCCCAGCUCCUCAGCUCCCUCACCCAUCUGCCGCCUGCCCGAGCUGCUCUGCAUGGCAGCAGGUGGGCGCCCCGGGAGCAAAGCAGCCAGGCCUGGUCCUGUGGGAUCGGUGACUGCGCUCGUUAGCCCCGUCUUUGGGAGAUGGCUGCGGUAACGACCUGCGGCAGUGGUGGCACCAUCCUGCAGCUGCACAGCACCACACAGGGAUGGAGCCAUGUGCCAGGGAAUGUGGGCGCCUCGUUCAGAGUGAGACGCAUCAGAGGUUGAUUCUGAUGGCUCCCAGUGGUCUGGGGCAUUGGACAGUCCCCCAGCCUCCACCUGGCAGACUGUGCUCACAUGGCACAGGCAAUGCUUCUGCUGCUGCUGCGGAGCUCCCUAUGCGAGAGGGAGUGGGGCAGGGGCAGGCGCUGCACUCUGUGCCCCUGCAUCACAGCCGCGUGUCAGGUGUCUUUGAAAGCAAAGGGAGCCGGGUUCAGCCCCUUGGUUGCCACGGGCACAGCCUCCUGGCUGCUGUGCGGGUUCUUCUGCUUCUGGGACCCAUCUAGAGCUGAGCAUAACUGCCAGCUCUGCAGGCACAGCCCAUGGGUACAGCCGGGUUCUUCGCAAGCUCUUGCCAGGAACAAGCAUUUAAUGUUACAGACAUUCUUCAAUCGUGCUGUAGGGUUUUCAUCAAGGGAGGAGGUGGGAAAAAAGCCACAGAACUAUUGAACCAGUGCUCUCUCUGUACAGCCAUUGGCAAUGAGAUCUCCUCUCCUGGCACGUGUGCUCAUGCUCUUCCUCCUGAGGCCCCCCCACGUGGGCGGGCACAACCUGCAGGUCCUGGUGCGCUCAGCAGCAUCUAUCGCUGCGCCUUCCGUGUCGGUGUGAUCUGCUCAUAUGUGCAAAUGAGUCAAAGGGAGGCCCUGCUGGUCUGUUCCUCUGCUCUCAAAUGUUUCCUGGCCGUUAGCACAGGAAUAUGAUGAAUAAGUGGCUUGGUAACACCCUGAUCCCUGUCAUCAACAGGAGCAUGUUUUUGAUCAGUCUAAUUAGCCUCUUUGGAGGGCCUUACAUUUUGCAUAAGCUCUUGUCAGUAAGGUUUUCAUUAGUUAAUGAGUGUAAGUGCAUCUUGCUGGGUAUUUUUCUGCUGGGAGAUGGGGAAGAAACCAGAUUUAACAGGGACUUGCACCCACUUGCUGCUGCGAAGGGAGUGGGGCUGUGCAGGACGCUGUGCCCCAGCUGCGUGCCGUGCUCCCGCCCCAUGCUCCCUGCUGCUCCGUGCUGCGGGGCUCUGUGGUGUGAGCCCCACGCGGGGCCCUGGGAUGUGCCCUGCGCCUCUUCUGUUUCAAAGUCAAUUUCUGCAGCGCUUUUUCGCCAAGCUGGCUGUUUGCAAUGCUGAUGGAGGGGUUGCUGGAGGAUGGGGGAGCCGGGGGCAGUAGCACCUGAGUGUGUGUUUGCCAGGGGGAGAUGAACGCUGUUUCUUGGUUUAUUUCCAUUGGCUGCUGCAGGAACUGAAAACAAAGAAAAGCUUAAGAAAUACCAAAGUCCAGAUCCCGCCGUAUAUCUUUGUACUCUUUGUUUUCUUUUGCAUUUUUUUGUCCAUUUUUGCUUUAAUAAAGUGAAGAGAAUCUCACCGUCAUCCUAAUCCUGUCACAGUUGACAUGGGGGUCCCAGCUGAGCCCCCGCAGCUCCCGCUCCAGUGCAGGGCCAGCUCAGACCCUGGGCUCCCUGGGAAGGCACGGCACAGCCCAGCACUGCUGUGACACCGCUGCCUGCACGCCGGGAGGAGCCUUCUGCUCAGCUCUGGGAGAAAAAGAGUUAAACCCCAGCAGGGAGCACCCUGCCCUGUACACGGGCCAGGAACAGCAGCGGGUCAGUGCUGGGGAGCUCAGCUCUGUUAGUGCACAGAACGGCUUUGCACCCUCCAGCCGGGCCAGGGCCGUGUGCCACAGCCACACAGCUGCCACUGCCGCGGGGAUCUCCCCCGAGAUAUUUUGAUAGCAAGCUUAUGCUAAACAUAUGUAUACAUAUAUAUAGGCAUGCCCCCGUUUAUACUGCUGGAGGUAGCUGUUCUAUGUACUGCUGAUGAGCAUUCUUUCUGACCGCACGCUGAGCACACCUGGGUGCUCAUCCGGAGGUGAGGCAGCGGGUGCCAAUAGUAACAGAAGCUUUUGGUUUAUGUUCUGGGGCUCUGCACUGCCCAGGUUUCCCAGGCCCAUCCUUGCACGGCACGGAUGCAGCGCACGGGGGGGUCCCAGCGUGCAGCUCCCCUUCCACAGGGUCUGGCCGACUGGGACGGGGUUGCAUGUGAGGAGCGCCCUUUGCCUCUGCUUCCUCAGCUGCACAAAGCGUCCGUGCGCUUUAGGGCGGAAUCCUGGGGCUGCGCCUGUUUUCUCACCGUUUCUAAGCAGAUUUUUUAGAGGCACAGAAAUACGUUCUUACAACGUAAUGACCGCUGGAAUCGCUCUGGUUCCUGCUGCCUGAUGGGAGCGGCCACAGCCGAGUGCCGACGCCGCCUGUCCCUGGCUGCUGGGGACGGUGCUGUGCCCCAGGACUGGGGGUGUGGGGCUGCCACCCACCCUUGGCACAAAGCUGCAGGAUGCUGCUCCAGCGCUGCGUCCAGGGGAGGCGUGGGCCUCCAGAACAACGGCUCUGGCUGUGACCUGCCCACAGCCGUGUUCUCCCCUUCUGGUCUCUGCUUUGAGGAAGCAAGGAGGGACUUUUGUUCAUCCCUAUUGAAAAGAGCAGGAAAAAAUCUGCAUUUAUGAUUCAAAAAGUACAUAUCUGCAGCAAACAUAAAACCACAGUAAAUUUAUAAUAAGCUGCUCUCUGUGCCGGGUAUUUUGUGUUCUGUGGCAAUUUAACGCUGGUUUAUUUGUUAACUUGUCUCUGUAAUAAAAAGAGUUCUCUAUAUUGUUACACUUUAUUUCCUUUGCAACAAGCCCCAAAGCCCGUUGCUGGUGCCUUCCUCCUGGGGAGGACUCCCAGCCCGCAGCUGUACUCAUGGCAGGAACUGAGCACAAUGCCUUUGUGACUGCUUGCUUCGCCAUUGCUAAGUCAAGUCCUGGAGCAAUCUCCAUGGGAUUACCAAAAGAAAAGGAGCGGGGACCCACGGACUCGGCCCAGUUCUGCCACUGUUUCGCUGCUGGUUUCCGAGCUGAGCAGCAGCUCCGUCCCAUCCCAUCCCAUCCUGCCCCAUCCCAGCCCGGUGGGACUUUGCUGCUGCGUGCCGGCCUCCACCCACUGCAACGCCUGCUGCUUUGCUGGAGCACUCGUGUCAUUCUGUGAGGGGUGCAAUGUCACUGCACCUCCGUAGCCUUUUCCACCGCUUCUCAGAAACGGCGCUUUGCCCGAAUUCGUGGCCUUUGAGGCCAAAUUCUGCUUCUAGAAAAAGACAGCGGUUGGACUAUUGCCAUUGUUUUCACUUUCUUUGUUGUUUUUCUUGAUUGGAACUAUGACCUGCCCCAAAUACAUGGAACACAGAAAACAGAGACCUACGACACGCUGCCACUGGGGCCGGGCAGCGGUGGCACCGCGCUGCCACGAGACGCGGUGUGGGAUGCGACCCCGACAUCGCCACCAACCGGAGGAGCCCAGGACAAAGACAGGACCCGCUGCGCUGCACUGGGGGCAAUGAAACGCCCCAGCCCACGCCUGGCUCCUCCCAGCCCCCGGCCCGUGCCGUGCUCUGGCCACACCGCCCCGCUCCGCGCUCGGCUCUCUUGUAACUUCAGAUCUGUUGCUGUUCAAAGUACAGUACAGGCAGAGUCUUGUUUGUGGGAGCGCUGCUGUGCGCUGCAUUCAGCUUUUAUUUCAGUUAUGUGCAUGAGAAAUGCUGUUCAGUGUAGCAAAUAAUAGAUGUUGAGGAUGCCAGGAAUAAUUGGGUAAUUUCUAAAUGGAUGAGGCUGUGCGCUGGGUAAUUCACAGAGGCUAUUUUUCACAGCCAGAUUUUUGCUAUUAAUUAUACGGCUGAGCUGUUAUUUCUUCACCCAUCAGCUGACUGAUCUCUUCAUGUAUGUAUGUCUCUUUGGGUCUUUUAAGAAUAAAUUUCAUUUGAUUAAUGUAUUUCUCGAAGCGAGGCGCUAAUAAAGGCCAGUGUCCUCCUC